GCAAGUUCUGUUUACAGUUUUGUGGCAGCGAACGCGCGAUUACAUCACUAUACGACCCGAGCAGUAACUUGCAAAUGCAAUGAACGACAUUCGCCGCCUGAAGGAGCAACAGCGCGAAAAACAUCCCGGCUUUGCGCCGUACCUGGAGUGCAUGACCCGGUCCCUGUUCACCGGGCUGGCCACCUUUUGCUUGGGAUUCUCCACGACGUACUUUCUGCAAAAGCUCGUCUCGAAGCGGUUGCCCUAUCCGUUGAAGACCAGCAUCCUGAUUUCGACGCUGGUUGCGACGGGAGCGGCCUACAAGGUGACCGCCGACCGGACCAGCUCCUGCCAGGCAGGGUGGAUGGCCGCGGAGGGCAAGUUCACAGCGCUGUCGAACGUUGAGGAAGGUGGUGACGACGAGGUCCGGCAGGAGGAAUUGUCGUAAGGAUGGCCUCGUCGCUGACCAGACUGCGAUGCUGGCGACCAAUGGUGCAGCGGGCACUGACCGUAUGUCGACGACCUCCAAGUCCCGUUUUGGGGACUGUUGUUAGCUUAAGAUGUAAAUACACAGAGUCUAGUAAGUAUAAGGGAUUCAAGGGCAAGUUUCAGGCCAAGGCUGCUGAGGGUAGCGAGGAGGAUGGGGAAGGAUCUUCGCAGGAGGUGGAUUUGGACGACGCCGAGUACGAUGCGGUGGCCAACAGUGCCAUGCACGUCCAGAAGAGGCUACAGAACGAGCAGCACGUGUUUAUCAUUCAGCCGUACGUCAAGUGGGGCCCGAAGAAAGUCGCAA